AUGGUCAAAGCUUUUUUUCUUAAACAUUGUGGGACCAAAGCAGGCUAUGAACUAGUGAAUUCUGACUCAAUUUUUCGUAUCCUCACCGAAUUUUGCCUUACCCAAGGUCUAACUUUCCUUCCUGUAAUAAGAGUGCUGUGUUCCUCAUCGGUUCCAUUUUUGCAGGAACUUGAAGAAGCAGAGGAAAAAUUGACUUUGAGGACGAAAGAAUAUAAAGAAGCCAUCAAACAUAGAGAGUCGGCAAAAGCUGACUUUGAAGAGCUGAAUAAUGAACUGCUUGAUGAGCGCAGCAAGACACGUCGACUCGAAAAAGAAGCGACCGAAGUGGAGACGAAGCUUGCCCAACUUCAGUCUCGAGUCGACACGCUCAAGGCAGAUCUGAGAAAAGCUGAGAGCGCUCGCCAUGAGAUUGAUAUGGAGCUCACAAAAGCCAAACAGGCAGCUGAGUCUGAGCGUCUUCUCAAGGAAGGAUUGCAAGCGAAGCUCGCAGCAUUCGGAGACGAGACGCCUGGAGAGGAAGCACGCCGCCUUGGUGAAGAGCUGGAGAGAUUGAAUGAGCGACAUGCUGAAAUCGUUGCCCAGGAAGAUCAGAAGAGGAAGCAAUUGGUUGAGCAUUAUCAGGGUCAACUAGCUGAGCUCCAAUCUCAGUUCGAAGAGAAGGAUAACGAGUUACGAGCUUUGCGGGCUAAACUUGAGGAGGAGCGUGCUCAAUUUGCGCUGCAACAAGAACAAAACUCGAAGAAUGUGGAAGUGAGGGUUGAGUGA